GGGCUUAUAUGGUCAGAAAACAUCAGUCAAUUUGAAGCUGCCAAUUGGGUGGCUAAUGGCGCUCUCUUGUGGCCAUAAGGAUAAGGUCUACUUUGAAACUAAAUGAAAGGAGAAAUUGCAUUUCCAGGAGCAUUAUUGCAAUUACACGAGUGGUUAGCCUACCGCAACCUGACAUCAAGUCAGCCCAUAGAGCACAAAUCAAGCAGUUAAGAGGCAUUGCAGACACAGUCUGCAGUGGAAAUGAGAUACAACCCAAACGACGAAAAAACAUUCACAGUGGAGCCCGGUGAACUCCUGGCUUAAUGUGGUGGUUCAACAUUUUCAAUAGAGUAUCCAAUCAUUAAUACAACUGUAACAUUGACGACACUCCACGACCAUGUUCACCGCUUCGUGGCCUCUCCCAGCUAAAGGCUUGGAUUCUCUGGAAAUAAUAGAAGAUGAAGAAUGAAUGCGGACACUACAUGGAGUCUGGCAGAGGAGGCGGGGCGUGUGUGUUUGAUUGGCGUCGUGUUCUCUGGUAGUCUGUUGCGGGACCGGGACAGACAGCUGAGGGGGGCCUGAAUGUCCAACCGGGACGGUCGGUGGACUACCGCGAACUCACACAAACGAUUCACAGGUCUUCACAGUUGACUGAUGAGCAGCCAGUAGGACUGAGGUUGUGCUACACCGACUGGCACAGCGGGUCAGCAGUUACCAGACAAGACGAUUGGAGGACAGAAGACAUAGUUGCAGAACUACUGGUGGUUUACUAGUGGUUAGCCUUAGCAUACUUGUGGCAGCAGAGAGGAAGAAGGAGGGCAUUGGCGAUGGUCACAGCUAUGGAGGACGCCUGUCCCAAUGGGGUACGGGAGGAGGAGGAGGAGGUGAUGCCCCCGGGACAGCCUGGCAUGGAGGGGCCCCCGGCAGUGCAGUCCACCCAGGAAGCAGAUACGUCUGGAGCCAUGCAGCAGGUGUUAGAUAAUCUGGGUGAGCUGCCCACCUCCACGGGCGCCAAAGACAUUGACCUGCUCUUCCUGCGCGGCAUCAUGGAAAGUCCCACUGUACGCUCCCUGGCUAAGGCUCCUGAACAGCUGGAGGAAGUGAAGCUGGAGGCGGUGCAGGACAACAACGUGGAGCUGGUGACGGAGAUUCUGGGAGACAUCAAAAAUCUCAAGGUGAAAGACGACAGCGCAGCCGAACUGUCCAGGAUCCUCCAGGAGCCACAUUUCCAGUCUCUUUUGGAAGCACAUGACAUGGUGGCCUCCAAGUGCUACGAAAUCCCGCCCCCGACUGAGACGACCAAUGAUGCUGCAGUAAACAGCGCUCUGAUGCAGGCCGAUGCUGUGCGGAUGAUUGGCAUCCGAAAGAAGGCCGGAGAGCCGCUGGGCGUGACAUUUCGUGUGGAGAAAGACGACCUUGUCAUUGCUAGAAUCCUUCACGGCGGCAUGAUUGACAGGCAGGGUCUGCUCCAUGUGGGUGACAUUAUAAAGGAAGUGAACGGGAAGGACGUAGGCAACAACCCUACCGAGCUGCAGGAGAUGCUCAAAGACUGCAGCGGAGGGAUCACAUUGAAAAUACUCCCGAGCUACCGAGACGCUCCCGCACCUCCGCAGGUGUAUGUGCGGCCAUACUUUGACUACAACCCAGCAAAUGACAACCUGAUCCCUUGCCGAGAGGCAGGGAUGGCCUUCAAGAAAGGUGACCUUCUUCAGAUUGUCAACAGAGAGGAUCCCAACUGGUGGCAGGCUUGCCAUGUGGUUGCUGGGGCAACGGGACUGAUACCCAGUCAGUUCUUGGAAGAGAAGAGGAAAGCUUUUGUCCCUCGAGACUUUGAUGGAUCAGGGAUCCUCUGUGGAACCAUAGCUGGAAAAAAGAAGAAGAAGAUGAUGUAUCUGACAGCCAAGAAUGCAGAGUUUGACAGACAUGAGCUGCAGAUUUAUGAGGAAGUGGCAAAGGUGCCAGCAUUCCAGAGAAAGACGCUGGUUCUGAUCGGUGCUCAGGGUGUGGGCCGACGCAGCCUGAAGAACCGGCUGAUGGUCCUCCAACCCACGCGCUUUGGCACCACUAUACCAUACACUUCACGGCGGCCCCGUGAUGAUGAGCUGGACGGCAACUCCUAUCACUUCACUACAAGGACAGAGAUGGAGGUGGAAGUGAAGGCCGGCCGGUUUCUGGAGCACGGCGAGUACGACGGCAACCUGUACGGCACCAAGAUCGAGUCCAUUCACGAGGUGGUGGGCACAGGACGCACCUGCAUCCUGGAUGUCAACCCACAGGCUCUGAAGGUACUGAAAACCGCGGAGUUCAUGCCUUAUGUGGUGUUUAUUGCGGCGCCAGAUUUUGAUACUCUAAAGGCCAUGCAUAAAGCUGUGGUGGACGCAGGAAUCACCACCAAGCAACUCACGGAUGUGGACCUGAGGAAGACGGUGGAUGAGAGCGCCCGGAUCCAGAGGGCUUACAGCCACUACUUCGACCUGACCAUCGUCAACGACAACCUGGACAAGGCCUUCGAGACGUUACAGGCCGCCGUGGACAAACUGUGCAGUGAACCCCAGUGGGUCCCGGUGAACUGGGUGUACUGAGGACCAGCUCCAGCGACCACUCUGAGCGGGUCACACUGACCCACCAGCAUGUCUGUGGCCACAAAGGCCAAAGAAGAGGAGAAGAGUGCAGAGAUACUUGUGCAAAAUAACAUAAAUAAUGAAAAAAUAAAAAAAAAUCAUAUAGCUUUUUCUCCUCUUGGGCCUGCACGCUGUGCAACUUUUUUUCUACUCAAAACUCAAAGGGAAAAAGUGCUUAUUUAUUUUAUAACUUUUUAUGAAAGAUCUUUCUAUUCAAUGUGGAAUUCCAUUGAGAACGAAACAAAAAAAUCUGGUCACGUACUCAGGCCAUAUUUUUGCAUUAAUUUAUUGUUGUAGUUACACGUCUUAUUUUGUAGUCGUUUCCCUUGAUUUCUUUGUCUUUGUCUGUCUUCGUGGACAUCGAGGAUUUCUGAUCAGCCAUCCAAACUUCAGUAUGAAGACAAGGAAAGGAGAUGGAUUAGAAGAUCUUUGAGCAGUCAUCGUCCAAGAAACCUGUCAGUUGUCACACAUCCUUGCCAUGCCUGAGCAACUUGUGUAGCUGUUUUAUUUUCACGUCCAAACAACUUUAUCUUUUAGUGUUUCUGUUGCCGGCCCUAAAUUCUUCUAUCAGUGUCAUCCACGGGAUCAACUGGGCAGAAAUAAAGAGGUAAAAAGGCCUGUUUGCGCACAACUCCUCCAACACGUAAAAGAAAAAAAAAAAACUUUAUAAUGUACUUUUUCAAGAUCAAACACUGUGUCUGUUAAUCAUGUCUAGUUUUGUUUUCUUACACUAGUUUUUCAUCAGUGUGGUGAUUUAUACAUAUAGAGUGUAGUGUUUUGUCACACUUGAUCCAUUGAUUUGUUUUGAAUGAUCCUGUUAUCAGCCUGUCUGUCUGUCUGAAGUAUGGCCAUCUACAUUGUCAUUGGAGGUCAUCGUUGCGGUUUACAUAAGCCAAUUUGUUCAUGUUUUCUAUAUGUGAAUGUGGCACAAAGCCAGUUCCUCCUUAUGGUCCUUCUCUUAAGUGUUGCAGUAUGCCAAAGCCCUGAUCAUACUCCAAAUAAAGUUUGAAAUUCAGUAUUGUUAAA